GUGGGUGUGUCUAUGGAGGCAGUCUGUCUUCAGAUCAAAGUGUUAUUGCUAAAAUAGCAGCUAUGCCGGUCAUAGUGUUUUGUUCCAACGUGAGCGGUUCCCGAGAGAUAAAGACAAAACAGAACAAAAUCUUUCAUGUCCUGGACGGCAAAAAGAUUGCCUACGAAACUGUCGACAUUUCUGAGGAUUCUAAAAAAAAGGAUCUAAUGAGGAACCUGGCAAAGAACUCGACUGCACUGCCUCCUCAAAUAUGCAAUGGGAACAACUACUGUGGGGACUAUGAUGCGUUUGACAAUGCAGUCGAGGAAGGAAUUUUAGAGAAGUUUCUCAAACUCUAAAAGGAAUGGAGACCUGCUAUGGGACAACAAUGAAUCUAUAAAAUACUAUAUUAACAUUUCUGUGUCCUUUUAUUUGAUUUGGUUAUCAAGGAACUGUACAUUUUCCAUUUGUACUUGCCUUCUUUUCAGGAAAAUCCUAAUGGGAACUUUUGGA